CGUCGGACGUUUUUCUUCUGGCGACGUGAUGUUUGGCUAGCUAACCCCUUUUAACGCUAUCAAGCUUAUGAGCCUACACCUAAUUAAAUGUAUGCAUUAAUGCCGCGCAAUGACCGCAAGUAGAAGGAAGCCGAAAUCGCGACAUGGAUGUUUCCAAUGUAAACGCCGAAGUGUCAAGUGCGAUGAAAAGCGGCCACAAUGUUCUAAUUGUGAGAAUAGGCGGGACAUUUGUCGGUAUGCUACUCCUGGCCCAUGGCUCUGGACCAAUAACGGUACCAGCGGUGGCGCCACAGCAGCAGAGCCAGAAAGGAUACUUCUAGAAAGAGACGGGGCAUUAGAAUUCCAUCCUAGCCCUCCUGAAACCCUGCGUGCUGGCCAUGAAGCGUCGACUUCUAUGAGCCAGUUCAACAUCCCCCAUCUGAGAUUGCUUCUCAAUUGGACAACAUCGACUUGCCACACCAUCUCUCGCAAUCAUGCGGAUUCCCGAGUGUGGCAAACCGUUAUUCCUGAAAAGGCUUUAUCUUGUCCUCACCUAAUGCAUGGCAUAUUUGCUGUCUCAGCAUUACAUCUAGCUAUUACUAGCGAAUGCCAUGACAAUGAACGACAGAUCUUGGUCGAAGCCGCAGAACAGCACCAAAGCGAAGCAAUCAAGAUGUUCACGAAAAUCGGGGUUUAUGUGGAGCCGCCAGACCCCAAUGUAAGCUUUGCUCUCUCGAGUCUCUUGAUUGGCUUUGCCUUUGGCUUCCCUCUCGCCAUGACCUCGCAACAUCAAACCAAAGCCAAUUCGCUAGAUGAGCUGGUUGAGAUAUUCAUGCUUAGCCGCAAAAUGAUCAAAUUCGCCACACCCUCGAUGGACAAGGUUCAUACCAGCGAAAUAGGCGGCCUUCUCCUGGUUGAGGAAGUACAGUCGAGUCUAUCUUCCUCUUCCCGCGUGGUGAUCAACGCUCUCCAUGAACUACUGAAUACUGUGUACUCGCCAACGCAUGAACUCUACCAAGUAUUUGCCGAUACUAUUGCCUGUCUCGAAAAGCUAUAUAUGGAGCUAGAUGGCACUGGAGACAUUGUUUCGAGGGCCUUCAUGUGGAUCUGCGACGUACCGGAGACAUUCAUACUUACACACUAUUGUGUAGUCCUGCAUCGGCUGAGAAAGUGCUGGUGGGUUGCAUCAUGGGGGGAGCGCGUGAUGAAUGUCAUUGUCACGACUUUGAGCCCGGAAUGGAAACCUUCUGUAGCCUGGGCUCUCGAUACAGUGAAAGAGCGACAUUAA